CUGCUGUCCGCCUGGUCUGUGCGUCGGUUAGUCGCAAGCUACAUAGCAUCCGGUCAAGUCCACCUUAUCAGUUCUAUCACACAUUGUUGGCUAUCAAUGGACUUUGUGCUGUGUUAUCAGUGAUGUUUUACAAGUGAUCGCUAUGAAAAUUGUGAAUUUUGACUUACCCCUGACUCUUCCCCCUCCCUGAUCACGCGCCUCCAACUGCUGAUUUAGCAAGUCAACAUCACUUCUUACGACAUUUAAGGUGUGAAAAUACUGCUGAAGCAAGACACGUGUACAGUCAACUUGAUACGAAGACUGGCCGACUAGUGACUUAUAGGAUCUCUUGAUGUCUGAAAUCCGUGUAAUCAUUUAAAGUCGCGAGGAAGACAUGCGGCAACAUGACGUCGUCAGGACCGAUCCUGUCUCACUCUGAUGGAUCAGAAAUGCUGAUAGACGAAGUGACAAUGGAUCUUCAAAUACUCGAGAAUCGAGUGGCUGAACUAGAAAGGCAGCUGGCAGACAACUGCAACAUCCUUCCUCCUGUUAUCAAAGAACUAAAGAAUGAUGUUGAAAAAUUUAGGGAACGACUGGAAACCACCAAACAUCUUAGCUGGUUGAGCUGCUAUAAAGACUUACCACCCACCAACAGAAGACUUCAGUACCGACGACAAAGUGACGCAAGGCAAAAGCAGGUCCGGGAAAAGUUUCUAAAGAUUUGUGAAGAGAACAUCAGUGAGGAGGUGCGUCAGUGUCUGAGGCUGCCAUCGUUUGACUGCUCCGACUGGCAAGAUGAAGAAAUCCUUCUGCUCCUGCAGUUCAUGUUCCUAGACUUUGACUUGCCCAUGAAAUUCAAUAUUGACCUCAAUACUCUACGUAAUUUCCUAUUCCAAGUUUACAAAAACUACAACGAGGUCCCAUUCCACAACUUUAGGCACUGUUUCUGUGUCUCCCAAAUGAUGUAUGCUAUGGCCUGGAGAGUUGACUUGCCAAGUCGAAUUGGAGAUUUGGAAACUCUAAUCCUCAUCACUUCUUGUAUAUGCCAUGACUUGGAUCACCCUGGCUAUAACAACAUCUAUCAAAUAAAUGCACGGACAGAGUUAGCCUUGCGGUACAACGACAUCUCCCCCUUAGAGAACCACCAUUGUUCCAUGGCUUUCCGUAUCUUGGAUUUGCCCGAGUGCAACAUCUUCAGCACAAUGAGUUCCGAGACAUUCCGAGUGGUACGGGAGGGAAUCAUUCGGUGCAUCCUAGCCACUGACAUGGCACGCCAUAACGAGAUACUGGCACAGUUCAAGGAUGCUGUAGCAGACGGAUUUGACUUCACAAACAAGACUCAUGUCAAUCUGUUGACAAUGGUGCUAAUCAAGGUAGCAGACAUUUCCAACGAAGCUCGGCCUAUGGAAGUUGCAGAACCUUGGCUUGAUAGGCUUUUACAGGAAUUUUUCGCUCAGAGCAAUGCAGAGAAACAAGAAGGUCUUCCUGUGACUCCUUUCAUGGAUCCUCAGAAAAUCACAAAGCCCUCAUCACAAUGCAGUUUCAUAGGUUUUGUGCUCCUUCCUCUAUUUGAAGCUCUAGGUGAACUGUUUGUUGAGUUGCAGCCAAUGAUAGUGGAACCGGUACGUGAUGCCUUAGAAUAUUACCGCAGGCUGAAUGAGGCGGCAAAAGAUGAACAACGAAUGCAUCGUAAAAGCAUCAUACAGGCAGACUUCAGUACAAUAGAAAACAGCACAAGUGCUUCUGUUCCUAGCUCACCUACUCGCACAGCCCCCAGCUCGGAUAUAGUGAAGUCACACAGCGGCGCAAGUGUCAGGAAAGCUUCUAUCUGCCUCUCACAGUGUGCUGAGGAUGGUGAAGACAUUUUGGGCAGUGAAGACAUGCUUCCUGAGCUAAGUGAGGACUCAGAAGAAGAGGAAACUGUCACUGAAGUCGCCAUUAGUGAAAAAACUUUGAAAUUCAAAAUUUCCACUGAAAGUUCAAGCAGUUCAGGCCGCAAGAGCUAUCCUGGGAGCAGGAAAGGUAGCCGUGAGAAGACACAUCAGUUGGCUGAGCAAGAGUUGGCUCGUAUACUGAGAGACCAGGAGAGAUCUAUACGGAGCAGUGACAGUGGGGACAAACGUAGUUGGUCAUCAGGUGAUCAAGGAAGUGAAGAACGACGCUGUGGCCACUGCAGGAUGGAGGAAAUGAAAGAAACUAGGAGUCAUUCUUUAGCAGAUCAUGAUUGGAGACGGGAUUUCAUGACAGUUCAGUUCUCAAAAAAAGUCAGAUCUACCUCAGCUGGAAGUCCAGAAGGAUUGCGUGAAUUUCGAGGGAAAGAAACUAGAGACAGUAGCACUAGAAGAACAUCACCACUGAGCCCAAGAGAUUGCGAUGAUACAAGCAGAGAUUUAGGAAGCUUUGAAGAUAGUUCUGAUGGAAAAGAGGUGGAGUUUUCAUCUAAGUCUGGAUACCUUGGCAUCAUUAAAGAAGGCUGUGUUCAAGGCAGUGAAGAGAUGGAAGAAGCUAAAGAUGAAGUUCUAAUCAUCCUCAAUGGUGGAGAAACAAGUACUGAUAAUCCUGAAAUGGAAAAUAUUGAUAGUAUAGCAUUGAUUAAAGAUGAAUCAAAGGAAGAAUCUAAACAUUCAGAUACAUCUCCUGAAGAGAGAGGUUCAAGAAAAUCUCCUUCCAGUAUCUUGAGAAAAUUAAAAACACUGGGAGAACGGUUUUCAAGAAGUACAACUAUAGAUUUGGGAUCUCCAAAGGGUUCAACUGAUCGCAGUAUUUUAAUACCUGCUUCUCCAGCCUCUCUGAAAUCUCAUAAAGUAAAUGCUUCUUCCUCAGUUGAUUCUGAUAGACGAGCGAUGACAUUACCUAAAGCAUCUCGCAAAAAAGCACAAUCAAAAAGAGAGAAAGGCUGGAAAUGCCUAUUAAGAUCUAAAAUGUCAGUUGAUCAAGAUGGUGACACAAGCUCCUCAAAGGAAGAUGGUUCUUGUGAUGAAGCCAAACCAGGCACAUCAGAUAGAGUAGCCAAUGGUCUCACUCCACCAGAUGAAACUAUAGAAACCUGUUCACUGGACAAGAAAAAAGUGCACAACAAUAACAGGAACCAAACAGGAAAGUCGCACCUGGAGAGGAAGGAGAGUGAAGAGUGCGGCUCGCCCAAUCACUCCAGAGGGCAACACUGGAUGUCAUCUCUAGUCUCGACAUUUAGGUCACGGAAAGCCCAAGACAAAGAGGAUAGUGAUAAAACGUAACUGUAUAGUGUCAAUACGCUUGUGCUUCUAGUCCAACAAACAGUAAUCAAAUUGUAGAAUACUUGUCACACUUUUAUGGACAAUUUGUAAUAAGUGUAAUAUUGUACAUCUUCAUCCUUCAAUCAAGUGAUAUUUUUGUAAAAACUUUCUUUGGUAACGUUUAACAUGGCUUUUGUUUAUUGUCAAUUUUUUUAAAGUAUUAACUUACUAUUCGUGUAAACUGUAUAAAAAUGUCUUUAUAAACCAAAUUUGAAUUCAGUAAUUUUAGCUGUCUUCUGAAGGUUUUGUUACGUUCUCUGAGCAACAUAUCAAGAUCAGAAAAGCUAUCUUAUAGUUUAGUAAAUUAAUGGUACAAUUUUUCCUUUAAAAAUGUAGAAUGUUUCAGGACUUUUUCUUUAUAACAUGCGUAAGGGAUUUUUUUUAAAUAUAUUUAUUUAAGUACUGUACACAAAAUAAUAAUAUUGAAACUCUGUAACAGUAAUGUUUUCUAAGUUGAAUUUACUUUUCAGGAUCGUUAAAAUUCUUGUUUUACCUGAAAUAUACUGGAAUAAUUUGAUAACCAUCAGAAUAUGUGGGAUUCAUACCCCAAUGUAACGAAACUGAAGACCAAUUGCCAAUGUUUUGUAAAACCUUUUAAUUACAUAAUACUAUUAUUGAUUAUUAUUAUCAAAACCUCUCACUAACACUGUCCAAGCAUGGCAAAUGUAGCAGGAGAUAUUUGUACUAAAGCUCCUAGGAUUUAUAUUUAGUUACAAUUUAACAUAAGCCUUGAUGAGUUUCUGUUAAAAUUUGAAUGCUAUCAACUUUAAAGAACGAUUCUACAAGAUUUCUUUGUUAGAGAUUUCUUUGAUCUUAUUAAGAACUGAAGUCCAAGCCUACUAGAUGAUAGUUUUAUAAACUGUUGAUAUAGUAGAAUUUAGUAAAUAUAUGCUAAUGUAAAUAGUAGAAGUGCAAUGUCGUCUAUAAAUGGACCAAUCUGUCUUCUUGCCAAAGUAUUUUUGUACAAAUUUACCAUAUCGAGCAUUUAACAAAUCUUUCAAUUGUCCUUCAUAUCAUUACUUGUUUCAAUUUCAAACUUUCUCUAUUCCUUAAGUUAACUGGCAUUAUGAAUGGUACCGCAUGUUUAUUCAUGUGCUCUGAUACUAACUUGUCAUAAAACUGAAAAACGUUACUACGUUUGACGUUAAUAAGCAGUACUGUGUUAUAAGGUACUGUAAAGUGGCAAGCUUAAAGAGAGAGCUUAAUCCAUUCAUUUUGUCUCAAUCAUACUGGUUAUUAUUUACCUUUGUGCUGAGUCUAAUCUAGAUCAUUAAAUGUAUUGUUUUUAUUUAAAUUAUCCUUCAAUAAAAAAAGUGCACACAGUACAAUUAUUUUGAUGAUAUUAUUUGAACUAGCAGCAGAUCAAACAUUAGUGUUUAGAUAAUAAUCAAUAAAAAACUAACCAGUUUCAGGCUGAUACUCACAGAUAUAUUUUUUUUACUAUAUGAAUACAGAAUUUGAUGAAUAAUAUUUAAAAAAACUGUUUAUAAUUGGAAUUAAAUUAGCUAUUGAACUAAUUAAUUCAAUUGUAUGAAAAGACUGUGUUCAUAACACGUAGCCCUUCUAAUAUGGUCAUUGUGUUUUGUUCUGGUGCCACUAUAGCGCUGGUUUCAUUGUUUUGUACAUGCACUACCUCGUAGUUGAUGCCACAAAAAUUUAUUUAACUUGUAUUUCUGUGAUGAUUUAUGUUUAUAAUAACUUAUGAAUCUUUGAAAUUUGUUCCAUUUUUAACACAUAAUAAUCUAUGGUGAAAAUGCUUUGAAUAAUAAAAUUAACUUCAAUACAUUGUUCAAUAUAAGUGAUAAAUCUUGACCAUGAGUUGGUCGGUGACAAUGCUUGGCCUUAAGUUGCUGGUGAUGUUCAAAGACAAAUCCAAGCAAUUGAUUGCCAGCCAUAGAGCCCAGACUUUGCUCCAUCUACCUGUCAUCUGUUACUGCACACAAAGCACAAGUUUGGUUAUAAACAUUUUAAAAUUGAUAAUGACGUGAAAACUCUGUGGUUAUCAUUGCCAGCAGGAUAUUUCUAUCAGCAAGGCUUUGUAUAAGUUGUUCACUUGUUACGACAAGUGCCUGAACAUGGUGCUGGAUACAUUGUUUGAGGUAUCUUCUUCCAUGUAAAAGUAUUGAACAAAAGUGGAAGGUGUAAUCUUUCCAGACAAGUCAAGUAAUUACAAGAAUUAAAAAAACUUUAACUUUUUUAAUUUUUUUUAACUUUAACUUUUAAGAGUGUGAACACAAAACUUUGAUAAUUCAUAGUACCAUUAAAGUUAAUAUUCUACCUCAUUGGAAAGAUAUUAUUGGAGAAAAAUGUAUGAGAGCAACCUUUGAGAAAUAUUUUAUGAGAACUAGUAAUACUAAUAAAACACUUUUUAUCAGUUUAACAAUAAAAUCAUGAGCUUUUAUUGAUUUUAGUUCAAAAAUAAGGAAAGUUUUAUUAUGAGACUUGAGAAAUAGAUUUAUAGGGGUAUUAAAAUAGAGCAACAAUUUUACAUAUCUUUAUCAUGGUCUAUCACAAAGCAUGUUAUUACUGAUUGUAAGUGUAAGAACAAGGACGUUAUCCAAACUAUGCAGCUUUUAACUGAUAAGUUACUUUGUUAUGUAAACCACACAACAUGCCUAGACCCCUCCUUGCCAGUAUUCAAAAAAGGUAAGUCAUCAUCAGGGAAAUGAAGAGAAAAAAUGAUGACAAUGGCUGAUUUCCAGACUUUUUUAUAUGCUGUCAAAUGUUUCAAUAAUGGCAAAAACUGUAAUGUGAAUUCUCUGUAGUUUUUGAAGAUUUUGUAAUUGGAGAGUUGACAUUUUUAAUAAAAUAAUGAUAAUAUGAUAGUUAAAAAUACUCAAUUAAAAACAGUAAACUGUUACAACAAAAUAUAAUAUAAAUAUUACCAACCAAUCCACAAAGUAACGUUGUCUAAUUUAUUCUAUGUCACAUGACAACACGUUUUAUGAUUGUACUUAGUUUUUUUACUUAUCAGUUUAUUCUGUGACUUUGUUGUUGCCGACAUGGCAACCCAUAGAAUCAAUGUAAAAUAUUUGGAGUUUUAUUUUUACCUUUAAUUUUAGCCUUUGACCCCAAAAUCAGUAGGGUCGAUCCUUGGAGCAUAAGGACAGUAUGUACCAAGCGUAAAGUCUCUAGGAUUUUCUUAUCAGAAAUGAUUGCAGACAGACAGAUAAUGAAGCGAUUUUAGGAAGGUCCUAUCUGAUCCUUAAUAAAUUCAUAAUUGUAUUCAAGAAAUAUUUUUAUUCUAAUGUUAACGUGAACUUAUUUAGUAUUUAUUUAUAAAAAUAUAUUAUAACAAGGAACAUUUAUAAACAUUUACAAAUUAUUACAGUUUAAUUAUUUAACAGCUUAACCCUGCAAAAUAUUAUAAACUUUCCAAAAAAAAAUUAAAAACACCAGCAAUAGUGUAUCGACAAUUUUUGCAUUGGAGUGGAUAUGUAAGACAAUAGUUACGAUAACUGGUGUUUCUGGACCAUCAGCCAAGGAAGUUCAACUUUCAAGAUCGAUAAAUAUGGAACAAUUUAUUACAAGCCGUUUCACUGUAUAAAUAAAAAAUUCUAGUUUUGAUUCCUAAUGCUAAUUAACUUAAGAAAUUUGUCUUGUACAGUUAAAGUUUAUGUUAUGAGGGUUCAGUCUUACAUAAUGUUGUGCUAUAAAGAUUUAUUGUUUCCAUGUGGGAUGAAAAAUUUGGUUUUUUGCCCAUUUUUUAACGUUAGGUGUAAUUUUGAUGUAGAAGUUGCAUAGUUUGGAUUUGAUAAACAAUGAUUAACAUAAUAUGUUUAUAAAUUACAAUAUACAUAUAUACUGAGCUUAGAAAUGGUCACAUACUAAAAUUCCUGAGUUAUUUUAUUAUUUACAAUACCAUUGGUUUUUUCGAUUAAUAAAAACAUCAAUUACAACUUUAAUUAUAUUAUAUGGUAAUUAUGUAAUGUGACUUCCACCAUAAAAAAAUGUUUUUGUAACAGUAAUGUAAAACUAAAAACUUAAUAUUAACUGUAUUUGAUGUUGAUGAUGUUUGUUAAAUCAGUUAAUUAAUAGAAAACUCACUAAAUCUGUCUAUAUAAAAGCAUAAAAAUGGUAGUGCUUCUUUCUGUAUUAAAACAUAAUAAUUAUUGGCAGUGAUGUAAUGAAAGACGUCAAUAAACCAUUAUUCCCUUAUUUCUCUUUCCUAUUAAAUAAAUCAGAAUCAAGCAACUAUUGUAAAAUUAUAUAUUUUCUGAAGGGAUUACCGCAAACAUAAUUUUUUUCUUAGCUUAAAAAGAAAUUUGAAAGCAUCAUUCAUAUUUUUGUUGUAUAAGAAAUAUUGGAAGGAGGAGCAUAGCUUAUAUAGUAUUAUACAUAAUUGUUGAGUAUAUGUCAAGCUGUUUGUUUGUGGUAUAUAAUCAAAUUAUCUGCUUUAAUUAAAACUUUAUUUUUUUACCUAUUCUAGUUUUGGAUUCAAAACAUCUUUAUUCAAUACUUUCAUAUAUAAUACUGUACAACAUAAAAUGAUGUGAAUGGUGUCACAAUAUAAAAAUUAUUGUAUAAAUAGAAAAAAGUACACAUAUAUAUAUAUAAACUAACUUUGAUGAUGAGGUACUAACAAAAUAUAUUCAUCAAACAAAUUGGUAGUAUUUUCAAUUUCAAAUAUUUUAUUUUAUUUUGAACUUUUAAGUACCUGCAUGCAAUAACGUGUUAUAAAACAAUAACUUGGGUAUAUUUAUGGCCAUUAUAAUUUACUCCAAUCUUAGUACUUUUUAUGCCAUAGUUGAUUUGUUUUAGUUCUCUGACCAAAAAUAUAUAUAUAUAUAUAUAUAUAUAUAUAUAUAUAUAUAUAUACAUACACAGGUCUGAGAAGCCUACUUCUGUGAAAAGGCAACUAAGGCGGAUUUUAUAACAGUUUUUAAAUUUAUAAUUAAAGUUAGAUAGUAACCUGCAUUACGGUAAUGACCAAGCAUUGCAUACAUAAUAUUUGCUAAAACGCACAGUUAAAAGUAUAUUUUCCCCAAAAAAUAAUUUUCUUAUUCGGACAAAUUCAUUGCUCAGCAGUGAUUUCACCACACAUUGAUGUUUUGUUACAAUCAAGCUUACUAUUUGCUUCUAAGACUGCAAAGGGAAACUAAUUUAUAAUAAUACUUGAAUUAAUGAAACAUGGUUGUGCUCUCAUAAAACAAUGUCUACGCGGAACAGUUGAUUUCAUAUAAAAAGCUCUUUCAAUUAAUAACAUUUGUUUGCUGUAAUUAUUGGAUUUUUUUGCAAUUGUAGAAACCAGUGGGAUUAAAAAAAAGAAAUAUGCCUAAAUGUUCAACAGGGAAUCUAAGAAUGUCCAUAUAAAAUUUUAGUACAAUGGUACAGUAGUUUUAUCGUGAUUGGGUAACACAUAGCAAGAUACCAUUAGAUUUUUAUAUAAUAGGAUAGAUUUACAUUUAUAUCCACCUCAUUUUUAAUAAAGUGGCGUGGCAAUAUGCAAAUGAUUUAUGGUGUACCUUAAGUAUAAAAUAAUGUUCAAACAUAUCUUUUAAAGAGUUUAAACGUAAUUCAAACUGACUAUAGUACUCCAGUACUCCUAAAGUACCCAACUACAGCAAACUGUUGCCUCCAUGAGACUGAAGAGAAUAAGUUAUAAGAUCAACAGAUAUGUAAGACAUAUUUUCAGUGCAUUUAAACCAGAACUAAUGUUUUUAGAAAUAUCAGACACAUGAUCAUGCUACGUUAUAUUACUGUUCAUUUUUAAUCUUAAGAAUGUAAACACUAUUACUUACUGCAUAUUUUAUUGUGAUUUUAUUUUUUAAACUUUGCUUUCCAUUUUACAAUAUAAAUACAAGAUCAGAUUUGUGCCAUGCGGAAAAUAAGUAAUAAUAUGCGUAUGUUUUGGUCCCUUUACCAUAAGUAGUUACAUAUCACAUGCACAUGUUUAAAAGUGGACAUUUUAAAUAUAAACAAUGACCAUUAAAAUCUGUAAACGACCAUGAAUUUAUUCAGAAGACUUACAAUAAAGUUUCUUUGAGAACAGAUAGUUUUAGACUUGUAGCACCUUGCCCUUUCUACAUUUUGUCCAUUUUCUUAAAAUAGGUAUUAGUUUUCAUCACUAAGAGCAAAACUAGUAGUUUUGUUGUGCAAUUAACUGUGUUUUACAAACAAAGUGAAUUUGAGGAUGGUAUACGAUUAGGCACCCCAAAAAGAUACUUUUGCUCUGUGUGGUAACCAAAGUUUUUAUGGAAAGCAAAAUUAAAAUUUACAUGUUUAAUUCACAAUAACUCAACAUGGCCACUCUUUCACGUUUAUUUAUUUAUUUUUAAAAAAAAAACAGCUAUAAUUUACUUGUACUGAAGCAUAAACAAAGUUUGAGGGACUAAAAUAACCUAAAUUUUGUGCUAGUUGAUUA